AUGCUUUAUUUGAUAAACACGUACUUAAACCUCGUCAAGGGGGCACUGAUGGACAGUGUGGUGCGGGCUUCGGAUCUUGCGAUGCAGGCUACUGCUGCAGCGACUCAGGAUUAUGGCCCUGGAUGCCCCGAGAACACAACCCCGGCCGGGGCUGACACGUCUUCCGUGAGCCGAACGAAAUUGGGAUCUGUAGAGUAUGGUGGUGGUGGAAUCUACCAGUGCACAGUUCCGGGCACUGUUGCAUUGACUUUCGACGACGGACCGUUUGAUAACUACACCGAUCAUGUGCUGGAUCUUUUCGAGCAAUACAACGCCAAGGGCACAUUCUUCAUCACGGGCAACAAUAUCAACAAGGGCGAGAUUGAUACCACCGCCAGUCACUCUGCCACAAUCAAGCGCAUGGCCAGCGAGGGUCACCAGAUUGCGUCCCACACUUGGACACACUUGGACCUGAGCGCCGUUUCCGAAACGGACCGCAAGGCGCAAAUGGUCAAGAACGAAAUGGCCCUGCGCAACAUUCUCGGGUAUUUCCCAACAUACAUGCGCCCGCCUUACAGCAGCUGCACCGCAGAGUCCGGUUGCGAACAGACUAUGUCUGAUCUCGGCUACCACGUCGUUUACUUCAACGUCGACACGGACGACUACAACCAGCUCGAAGCUACCCAAAUCCAGAACGCUAAGAACUAUUUCAGGGGCAAUAUCACUGCAAAUGGUGCCACCCCAGCGAACAACGAGUGGUUGGCCAUUGCUCAUGACAUCCACCCGCAGACAGCUUACAACUUGACCGAGUACAUGCUGUCUACUCUAACCACUCUUGGCUACAAGGCCGUCACAGUCGGCGAAUGCCUUGGUGACGAUGCUGCCAACUGGUAUCGGGCCAACCCUGGCACCACCACCCAGACGUAA